AUGACCGCUUCGGUACCGUUGUCUAUCGUAUAUAGCGACGGUCGCCACGUGGGGCUUGGCGCCCCUGGGGAGGCGAGCGGUAGUCACCAGCCAGAGGCCUCCACUUCCGGCCGUGGUGAGCCGGCUGCCGAACCAUCCAACCGGCCGAGGGUAUCCGUAGUCUACCCCGGCAAUCCUAGGGUGCCGAUGGGGGUUCCGAAGGAGCUUGUCUUCGGUGUGGAUUAUCUGGAGCCCAAUAGAAUCACCGAAAGGGAGAUUGCGAAAUUUCGGGCGGAGUACUUCAUUCCUGAUUCGGUAGGUAUGAGGAUUCCAAAUCCUACCGAAUCUCUAACCAGUCCGAAGGACGGCGAAGUCGUCUUUUUCACGGACGUGCUUCUGCAAGGGGUGAGGCUCCCUCUGCAGCCCGCCGUUCAGAGGAUCUUGGCGCAGAUAGGCUACGCUCCCGGCAAGUUCAAUCCCAACUUCUGGGUGGCGCUGAUGGGGGUAGUCACAGCCUUCGGCAUGGCUGGGGAGGGAGAACCUUCGUACGAGCAGUUCUCCCACCUGUACAGUGUCACGAAGUCGAAGUGUGCCGAUCACGGGGGCUGGGUCCAGGCCAAUUGUCUGAAGGCUAUCGAGCGCGGUCACUUCGUCAAUGCCGUCCCGACCUCACAGAAGACGUGGAGGAAACGGCGGGUGCUUUUGUCCGGUGACUGGGAGUUGCCCCCGGGACAUCCCGUCCGUUUCCACAUUCCAACUACGUUCCAAAUCGCCGGCAAGUUGAAGCAGCCGAGCGCCACACAGGCGGAGGUCCGGCAGAUUGAAAGGGUUAGGCUGAAGGUUCCUGCCGUUGAGAGGGUGUACCCGAAGUUUCUCUUCACCGCCAAUCUCAUCAAGGCCUAG